AUUCAAUACAACUCUACAGUCCACACCCUAAGCUUAAGAAACAAACAUUCGAAAUCUGUGAAAAAACAUUGCCAAUAUUGUACACAAAGCAUGCAAAAAGCGCCACAUUUUGCACGCGAGGAUUCCCAGGAGCAUUUACCCAGUCCGCACAACACCGUCAAUAUGAAGCGCCGUACCCUAGCAGGCACAUGUGGCGUUGGCGUCUUCAUCUUUGCAUUCGCCUUCAUAGCCAUAGCGUUUGCAACGCCCAGUUGGCUUGUAAGUGAUUACCGCAUUACGGGUGCCAAGUUGGACAAGCUGGGCCUCUGGGUGCAUUGUUUCCGUUCGCUACCCGAUGUGAACGAUGACAGUCAGCGCCGAUUCUUCGUCGGCUGCCGUUGGGUCUAUGACCCAUUUACUAAAGGCUAUGAUGAGAUACGUGGAUUCCUGCUGCCUGCCUUCAUGAUAACCACACAGUUCUUUUAUACGCUUACGUUCAUUGGCAUGCUGGUCAGUGCCAUUGGUGUGCUGGUAUUUUUCCUCUGCGCUGGGCCAGAUCAAAAAUACUUCAUUACAUUAAUACGUUCCGUUGGAUAUGUGCUCUUGGGUGCGGGAGUCUGUGCGGCCAUUGCAGUGAUUGUGUUUGCUAUAUUUGGCAACCGCAAUGGAUGGAUGCCGGAGCAUGCGAACAACUGGUUUGGCUGGUCCUUUGUGAUGGCAUGCGUGGGCACGGUGCUGACACUAGUGGCUGCCACGUUAUUCCUCACCGAGGCGCAUGUGCAGCAACGCAAGCGUCUGCAGUUCAAGGAGUCGCAGACCCGCUUUGAGCUUGUGCGUGGCUAAUGCACUCGGCAUUAGAAGCUUCAUACAGUGACAAUAAAAUCGCAGCACACAACAGCAACAACACUAAAACAUUCCGUCCCCACGACAUUUCAACAAAGAAUUCUCACCAUAUAAUUAAAUGUAGUUUUAUGCAGCCGCUAGUUGAAUGUUUAUGCAAUUGUCAGAGUUACAUUUCCGCACCAGCCAUGCCGCAUACAAUCCAAAGAGACUUUCAGUUGGUACUUAUGAAUCAUCCAAACUACAAACUACUGUCAUUCGCAUGUUCUACAGCUGGGUGACAGCAACUGCAACGCUUCAUCUCAAUUUUAUCAAUAACGACAGCAGUAACAGCAUAGCAAUAGCGGAUCAUCAAUGAAGCUCAAAUGAAUCAUUAUCGCGUGUACAUCAGAUAUUUGCAUACGAAAUUGCGCUCAAUUAACGCACAAUUCCACCCCCGGUCUAUUGUUUUUCUGACGUCGCAUGAGCCUAAAACACUAACAAUUGAAACACUCGUGCCUUAAUUAGACAGCUUUGCUAUAGCUUAUAGUGCCUUUAUAACAAUUAUGACAAUGUUAGUUUCUCAUAUCAAUGCGACGAUCACCAAUUGGAUUGCAUAAACAUCUACUAAUCUAGUGCCUUAGUUAAGAAUUCGAUGUCCAAAAAA